CGUGUGUUCAGCACCACCCAUCAAUGCUAAUCGUCAUCGUAUUGUUUUGAUUGUGAUCAAAAAGUGCGUGCGCCAUCGUUCCUUUUUCCGUACCGAAAAAUGUAAUACUAGCCGUUAAAAAUCGUGUUCAAUUUUUGAAACAAUGCAACCGGACGAUCUUUCUAUGCCCCGCGGAGACAACAAAAUCAAGGAAAAGUUGAAUCUUCACCUGAAGAAGCGUCUUCAAGAAACAGGUAAAAAUUCAACAGCAUCAGAAAAUCCGCCACCAGCAUCGUCAUCAUCAUCAUCAUGUUCAACGGCUGUUGCCCGAACAGCAUCAGGGCCGUCAGCAGGAUCAAAGACUAAAAAGCAAAAGACAAAGCACUCGCCUUCCUCAGCGGCAUCCGUAUCUGCCACCAUCAGCAGCAACAGUUCCUUAAACCUCAGCGGUGGAAGUUCCGGCAGUAAACCCUCAGCCAACGUUUCCGGUGAACACCUGAUGCUGUCGCCCGGCGCACUCGGCGGCGGCAACAGUAACGAUACCACCAACAGUAGCUUCAAUUCCGUCGAUCUAGACCCGGACAACUCGAACGACGGCCAGGAUCGGGCAGCGGAAAAGAAUAGUCCGGGCGGCACCAGCAGGGUUGCACCCAAAGCGGACAUCUUCACGUUGAUUCUGAAUGAGAAGAAGAACUCGCUUAUGAGGGACCCGGAAGUGGUCAAGUUCUUGCGAGAUUUAAUAGAUGCGAGAGAAAAAUCGUAAA